AUGGCGAAAGAUAAGAAAGGAAAGAGUGAAGGGAAGAAAGCGAAGAAGGAAGAGAAGAAAGCAAAACAAGCAAAGAAGGGCGAGAAGAAAGAAAAGGUUAAGGCUUCCAAAGCCAACGACAGCGAUGCCGAGGACGUUGACCUCGACGAAGUCCUGGCCGAAUUCGCAAAAAAGCAAGAGCAAUUUCUCAAAGUCACAGAGACUCCAUGUGAGCCUCCGAGAUGCCGAGCAUCAGCUACUUUUAUAGCUUCGCCUGCAAACGACAACGAGCUGUUUCUCUUUGGAGGAGAAUAUUUCAAUGGCGCUUUGGCGACGUUUUUUAAUGACCUCUAUGUCUAUAUGAUCAAUCGGGACGAAUGGCGCUUGAUAACGUCACCUAAUACGCCACUGCCUAGAUCAGGGCAUGCAUGGUGUAGGGGAGGGAAUGCAGGAGGAAUUUACCUCUUUGGAGGAGAAUUUAGCUCUCCGAAACAGGGCACAUUUUAUCACUACAAUGAUUUCUGGCGUUUUGAGCCUUCAAAUAGAGAAUGGACUCGGAUAGAAGGAAAGGGCAAAUCUCCUCCAGCGAGGUCGGGCCAUCGAAUGGUUUAUUACAAAAAUUACAUUGUGAUGUUCGGCGGUUUUCAGGACACUUCUCAACAAACCAAAUACCUGGGCGAUCUCUGGCUUUACGAUACCCAAAACUACGUCUGGUACAAUCCCGCCUUGCCCCUGGCAACGCAAAAGCCCGAUGCAAGAUCCUCAUUCUCCUUUUUGCCACACGAGGGUGGAGCUGUCCUAUACGGCGGAUACUCGAGAGUGAAAACUACCGUGACAGGAAAGCAGAUGAAAGGAGGCGGUCAGGCGCAACGCAACAUUCUCAAGCCAAUGGUCCACCAAGACUGCUUCUUCCUCCGCAUCAUCCAGCCACCCGCUGAUUCUCCUCCAAAUACGUCCCCAACUGUCCGCUGGGAGCGUAGGAAGAAACCUGUUAAUUCUCCGAACCCCCCUCGAGCAGGAGCCACCAUGACAUAUCACAAAGGAAGAGGUAUCAUGUUUGGUGGUGUUCACGACGUUGAAGAAAGCGAGGAGGGGAUAGAGAGUGAGUUCUUCAACGGCUUAUUCGCAUGGAAUAUCGAACGAAAUCGCUACUUCCCCCUCACCCUACGAAAACCCCGAGCAAAUCAGCAGCGAAAGGCCCAAGGUGAAGGAAGAGGAGGACGAAGGGGCAGAGGUCAAGCUAAUGAAGAUGAACUCUUGAGGAAUCUCGCCGCACUGCAAACAGGGAAAUCGUUGGCUGAUGUAGACGAUAUGGUUGUCGACAGCCGGAAAGACGAGCCAGACGAGAGCGAACAACGGGCCAAAGAAGUGCUGAUGGAAUUCCCACACCCGCGAUUUAACGCUCAACUGGCGGUUCAAGACGAUGUAUUUUACAUCUACGGAGGCACAUUCGAGAAAGGGGAUAGAGAAUUUACUUUUGAUGAGAUGUACGCUAUUGAUCUGGGUAAACUAGAUGGCGUGAAGCAGAUCUUCAGCCGUGAACCCGAGAAUUGGCUGGGCAGUGAGGACGGGGAUAGCGAGGAUGAUGACGGCAGUGAUGAAGAUGACGAGGAUGACGAGGAUGAAGAUGAGGAGGGUGACAUCAAGAUGACUGAUGAGAAGCCUCUUCAUACGGAGAGUGCCCGCAAAUCUAAACGGGCAGCCUCGAUUUCAACCGACGACGCUUCUACAUUCGACGAUACACCCGACGACACGACCACCGCCACGUCCGUAGAUGACAAUAUGCCCCAUCCGCGACCUUUCGAAUCCAGGAGAGAUUUCUUCCAGCGCACGACAAAUGAGUGGCAAGAAGUGCUUAUGACUGCGCUGAGGUGGAAGGGGGUUCAACCAGAGACGUUGAGCGUUAAGGAGAUUAAAACGAGGGCAUUUGAGAUGAGUGAAGAGAAAUGGUGGGAUUCUAGGGAGGAGAUUACGGCAUUGGAGGAUGAGCAGGAGGCUUCUGGCAUAGGCGAAGUUAUUACGCUUGCGGAUAAGGGGGAGGGCGCUGGGGGAGGUGCUGGGAGGAGAAGGUAG